AUACACUCAAUCAGAAUAGACGUGCAAGUUACACGCUCCGUCAACAAGUGCUUUUUUCGGUGAAACCUGCAAACAACAACACAUCAGCUGCUGGUCAAUACAAAUAUAAGGUGCUUACCAACAUCAGAGCACUGUCAGCGGAUCACCACCGGCUGGCCCGUGGGCUUAUUAUUGUUUUUAAAAAAAAACUGGUCAUCGAGUAACUCGAAAGUAGCUCAAACUUGGCAAAGGAAGGCACGGAAAAAGCGGGAAACGAAAUUUUUCACUUAAUACUGAGUGGGAAACGUGAGUACGAACGUAAACAACGAAAACAACAGCGCUAGAGGUGACAUUACACAGCUGUUAGCGAUCGAUCUGCCACGCAUAUUGCAAAAGCUCGCGCUAGAGGGCGCCCACCAAUAGUGCACCAACAUUCUGUAUAGCCUCGCCUCUGUUAAAGCACAUAAUCAAAACAAUGCAGCCUGUCUCAAAACGUCUGCGUGAAAAUACUGGAACAAAUCUGAAGGGACCGCGUACAUCAGAAACGCCUGCCCCGGAAUUGGUUCAUCUUUUGAACCAACGAUUUGAGGAGCAAGUCAGUCUCAUUUCAACAAAGAUGAAUGAGGCAGAAGAGCAGCUGUUAAGUUUGCUAACAGGCAAGCUUAAUAGUAUGGCUGGUGAGAUCCAGAAUCUCACACAGAGAGUCCAGUUUCUAGAAAGUAGGCUGGGUGAGACUCAAAACCUUACAAAAAAGGUAGAGGAUCUGGAAGCCCAGCUUUUGUUAAAACUAGAUGCACAGGCUAAGGCCAAUGUCGCAUGCGACCUGAGGAUCCAUGGAGUUCCGUACGUCGAAGGUGAAAAGCUGAAACAUAUCUUCAACAACUUGUGCCUCAGCCUAAAUCACACGCCUGCGCCUGCUAUUAGGGAUAUCUAUCGUAUGAGGCCGAACAAAAAUCUUUCCCACUCCAUCGUUGACCCCAUCAUCAUUGUCAAGCUGGAACGGGUGCGCGACAAAGCGGCAUUACUGCGCAACAUCGCCCCAGUAUAUGUCAACGAGCAGCUUACCAGGGAAAACUACCAGAUUUUUAGAGAAGCUCUGAAAAUGAAGAAGCAUCGGAAGCUGCAAUCCGUGUUUACGCACAGGGGUAUGGUUCACGUCAAAGUGACCCAAGAAAGUGAGAUCUGGGAAGUUCUCAAAAUUGAGGAUCUGAGGGAGAUGCAAGCUGCUACUGAGAGCCCUGCAGCUGGAGACGAGAAUAGCUCGUUUCGUCAAUAAUAUAACCAUAGGCAAAUUUUUCAUGUUAGCUAUAAGUAUUACCCAUCUAACCACCUUCCUGUAUUUUAUUUUUAAGUGGGCCCUUAACUGUACUUACUGUAAUGAAAUUUUUCGUUGUGUUAAAACACACUUGAUAUGGACGGUUCAUUAGAACUAACAAAUGUGAAUACAUCUCAGGUCCUCAGAAUUCUGGUGAAGCAAAAAUCGGGUCUGCAAAUCUGCCAUAUCAAUGCACAAAGCCUGACAAAAAAAAUUGACGAAUUCAGACAUAUGUUUAUCGACUCUGGUGUGGAUGUUAUAUGUGUUUCCGAGACUUGGUUUGUCCCCGACUUAAGUGACUCGUUAAUUGAAUGUAGAGGAUACAAUGUAUUUCGUUCUGAUCGUGUAGGGCAUGCCGGGGGCGUUGCAAUAUACAUAAAUAACAAGAUAUCCGCAAAAAUCCUCUGUAAGCAAGGACCAGAUAGUGCCAUAGAAUACUUAUUUCUAACGAUCACCAUCAAUAGAAGAAAGAUGCUUCUUGGUUGCAUAUAUCGACCAAAUCGAAACAUUGACUACUCAGACCUGACAUCACUUAUUACUGACAUUUCCUUGACUUAUACAGACGUAAUCCUAGCAGGUGACUUUAAUUGUGGUAUUCUUAGAGAAUCCUCAUUAGCAGAUAGCAUGUUGAGCCUUGACUUAAAUAUAGUGAACCACCAGCUCCCCACACACUUUACAAAAACAAGAAACACACUACUAGACCUAUUCUUUGUCGACAGUACUGACAAAAUUCUACUAUAUGACCAACUCACAGCACCAGGGUAUUCAAAACAUGACCUUAUUUUCUUGACCUACGAUUUUAAUCCUGACUACGAUAAUUAUGACAC